GUACUUAAAGUUCACUUUUGUUUGCACUUUGAUGAGAAUUUAAGAUAUAAACUAGCGGUGUAGUUUUUCAAAACAUUAUUUUGUUUUCUUGGGUUUUUUUAAUAUGCGCAUGUUUUUUCAUGACAUAUUUUGGUAUACUCUUUAAAUUUUGAAAUCAGCUGGCCUGUUUCUGUUUUGCUGAUCUCCUUACAUUUUGCUUAUUCCCUAGAAAGCUGUAGACUAAUAAAAGAAAAAUAACUAUGUUUUAUAAGAAAAUUCAGUUUAAAAAAUAAAGCUUCUCUUAUUUUCUUCUGAGCAUUAAAACCUGUAGGUCCCAAAAUGCAGCAGUUCAGCAUUAGGAAUAUUAUUGGCAAGCCUCUUCUUUGGCGCUCUCUUAUUUAUCACCAAAUCAGAAAAAACCAUGGAGAGGUUAAAGAAGUACUUCAUCGACCUAUUAAAAAAAUAUUAGUAGCGAACAGAGGAGAAAUUGCAAUAAGAGUCUUUAGAGCUUGUACUGAACUUGGAAUACGCUCAGUUGCAGUAUAUUCUGAUGAGGACAAAAUGCAUAUGCAUCGACAGAAAGCUGAUGAAUCUUACUUAAUUGGGAAAGGCUUACCACCUGUGCAAGCAUAUUUGAAUAUCCCUGAAAUUAUUAAAAUAUCACAGGAAAAUGAAGUUGAUGCUAUCCAUCCUGGAUAUGGUUUCCUUUCUGAAAGGGCAGAUUUUGCUCAGGCUUGUAUAGCUGCUGGAAUUCGGUUUAUUGGGCCAUCUCCAGUUGUUAUGGAAAAAAUGGCUGAUAAGGUGUCAGCACGGAAGUCAGCUAUUGCAGCAGGUGUUAAAGUUGUACCAGGUACUGACACACCUGUCACAGAUCUUAAAGCUGCUACUGAUUUUGUGAAAGAUCAUGGCCUUCCUAUUAUUUUAAAAGCAGCUUAUGGAGGUGGAGGACGUGGAAUGCGUGUUGUAAAAAAAAUCGAGGAAUUUGAAGAACUUUUUAAACGGGCAGUCUCUGAAGCAACUUCUGCAUUCGGGAAUGGUGCUAUCUUUAUAGAGAAAUUUAUAGAGAAACCACGCCACAUUGAAGUUCAAAUUUUAGGUGAUAAUUAUGGCAAUGUAGUUCAUUUAUUUGAAAGGGAUUGUUCAGUUCAAAGGAGACAUCAGAAAGUAGUUGAAAUUGCUCCAGCUCAGAACUUUAGUCCCUCUAUCCGUAGUAAAAUGACAGCUGAUGCUGUUAGGCUAGCCAAGUCUGUUGGUUACCAGAAUGCUGGAACAGUAGAAUUCCUUGUUGAUGAAAAAGGAGAUUAUUAUUUUAUUGAAGUAAAUGCAAGGUUACAAGUUGAACACACAGUUACUGAAGAAAUUACUGGUAUCGAUUUAGUGCAGUCUCAAAUAAAAUUAUCUGAAGGAUACAGUUUACCUGAAUUAGGAAUGCCACAAGAUCAUAUCCAUAUGAAAGGUUGUGCUAUACAGUGCCGUGUAACAACUGAAGACCCUGCUAAAAACUUUCAACCUGAUACUGGUCGAUUAGAGGUCUUUCGCAGUGGAGAAGGUUUUGGAAUUCGUUUAGAUGGCGCUUCUGCAUUUGCUGGAGCAGUUAUUUCACCAUAUUAUGAUUCACUAUUAGUAAAAGUAAUAGCACAUUCAAAAGAUCUACCAGCUACUGCAUCAAAAAUGAACAGAGCCUUGCGAGAAUUUCGUAUAAGGGGUGUUAAGACCAACAUUCCAUUUCUUCUAAAUGUCUUAGAAAAUCCAAAAUUUCUCAGUGGAACUAUUGAUACAAAUUUCAUUGAUGAAAAUCCUCUUCUUUUUCAAUUUGAAGCUACUCAAAACAGAGCUCAGAAACUUUUGCGUUAUGUUGGCGAAGUAAUGGUAAAUGGGCCAUCUACGCCACUAGCAACCAAUUUAAAACCUUUUGAUAUUGAGCCACAAGUUCCUGAAGUUCCUGCAGGUUUUAAACCAUCUAAAGGAUUUCGGGAUGUUUUGUUAAGAGAAGGCCCUGAAGCAUUUAGUAAAGCAAUAAGAAAUCACAAAGGUUUAUUAUUAAUGGACACAACAUUUCGAGAUGCACAUCAGUCUCUGUUAGCUACUCGAGUCAGAUCUUAUGAUUUAUUAAAGAUAUCACCAUUCGUUGCUCACAAUUUCAAUAACUUUUUUAGUCUUGAAAAUUGGGGAGGUGCUACAUUUGAUGUUGCUAUGAGAUUUCUUCAUGAAUGUCCUUGGGAACGUCUGCAGUCAAUGAGAAAUCUCAUUCCCAAUAUUCCAUUUCAGAUGCUUUUAAGAGGUGCUAAUGCUGUUGGUUAUACAUCAUAUCCUGAUAAUGUAGUUUUCAAGUUUUGUGAAUUGGCAAAACAGUGUGGAAUGGAUAUAUUCAGAGUUUUUGAUUCUUUAAAUUACUUGCCAAAUCUCUUUCUGGGAAUGGAAGCAGCUGGAAAAGCUGGUGGAGUUGUAGAAGGUGCUAUUUCUUACACAGGAGAUGUUUCCAAUCCAAAACGCACAAAAUAUGAUCUCAAUUAUUAUCUGAAGCUUUCAGAUGAACUUGUGAAAGCUGGAACUCACAUACUUGGUGUUAAAGAUAUGGCUGGCCUUUUGAAACCUCAGGCUGCAAAACUCUUAAUUACAGCUUUGAGAGAUCGUCAUCCAAACAUUCCAAUUCAUGUUCAUACCCAUGACACAGCUGGAGCUGGAGUUGCAUGUACCUUGGCUUGUUCAGAGGCUUCAGCAGAUAUUGUUGAUGUUGCUGUCGACUCUAUGUCCGGUAUGACAUCACAACCAAGUAUGGGAGCAGUCGUAGCAUGUUUGUCUGGCACAGACCGAGAUACUGGUAUUUCAUUGGAGAAAGUUAGCCAAUACUCUGCUUUUUGGGAACAAACCCGCACUCUUUAUGCACCAUUUGAGUGCACUGUAACCAUGAAAAGUGGAAAUGCAGAUGUUUAUGAAAAUGAGAUUCCUGGUGGCCAGUACACAAAUCUCCAAUUUCAAGCAUUUAGUUUAGGACUUGGAGAACAUUUCGAAAAAGUCAAAAAAGCAUACGCUGAAGCUAAUAAACUUUUAGGCGAUCUUAUAAAGGUUACACCAACCUCCAAGGUUGUGGGGGAUCUUGCUCAAUUCAUGGUUCAAAACAAGUUAAGUGCAAAAGAAAUUCAAGAGAGAGCUGAAGACCUGAGUUUUCCAAGUUCUGUUAUUGAAUUUAUGCAAGGGUACCUUGGUGUGCCUUAUGGCGGUUUUGCAGAGCCUCUUAGAUCCAAGAUUCUUAAAAAUAUGUCUAAAAUUGAAGGGAGACCUGGUGAGAGUUUACCUCCAUUGGAUUUCAGUGCCCUUAAAGCUGAAUUAGAAGAUAAGCAUGGGAUAACUCUUGAUGAAUUUGAUGUUAUGAGUGCAGCAAUGUAUCCUAAAGUCUGUGAUGAUUUUCUUGUUUUUCGGAAUACGUAUGGACCUGUGGAUUGCCUUAAUACUCGGAUAUUUCUAGUCGGUCCAAAAGUUGCAGAAGAAUUUGAGGUUAAUAUUGAAAAGGGAAAGACAUUGCACAUAAAAACUUUAGCAGUUUCUGAAGGCAAAAAUAGUGCUGGUGAAAGGGAAGUAUUUUUUGAACUGAAUGGACAACUGCGAUCUGUUUUCAUACGAGAUAAAUCUGUUAAAGAGGAGAUUCAUGUGCGACCAAAAGCCGAUAAAAAUAAAAAAGGUUCUGUUGGUGCCCCAAUGCCUGGCUCAGUCAUUGAAAUUAAGGUCGAAGAAGGAAAGAAAGUUGAAAAAGGAGAUGCAAUGAUUAUUCUUAGUGCCAUGAAAAUGGAAAUGGUUGUUCAAGCCCCAGUUUCUGGAAUUAUAAAGAAAAUAUAUGUUGAACCUAAUAUGAAACUUGAAGGAAAUGAUCUUCUUGUUGAAAUUGAGGAAUAACAAAAAUGUGUAUGAUCUUUGCAAGUAUGCAAAAUGUCAAAAAGUUAUUUGAAUACAAAUUUAUUGUUAGGAAUUUAUGUACAAAUAUAUGUUAAGCAUUUUAAAAUUGUAUUGAUUUUUUUUUCACUGCUUAUAUUUUUUACAUAUUGAAUACAUAUUCUGACUCUUAAUGGAUGCCAAAAAUAUUUGACAUGUACAGUGAAUAAUAUGUAACUUAACUUUUGUAAUUAUGUGCCUUUUUGUUUAAAAAAUUGAUCUCAUGUAUUAUAAAAAAAUAUUUUUAGUAAAUGAAUGUGUUUACUAUUUUUUGCUGCAGUCAUAAUGCCAAUGCAAUGGGAUCUUGUUUCUGGAAAUGGGAAUUAAAUAAAAAUAAUACAACAGAAAUUGGAAAUUUUUUAGAAUUUGAUAUUAUUCUAUAUGCUCUUAAAUGAAUUAGGCUUUUGGAUGUUCUAUCCGAGAACCAUCUAUAUUUUAAUUACUGCUAUGUAUUUUUUCAAGUAUUUUCCAUAGUAGCAAUGAAUUAAUUUUGAAAACCUAUUUUAAAUUCAAUUUGUUUUUGUUUUUGUAAACAGCUUCUUAAAAAAGAAAAAAAAAAAGGCAACUCAAUUAAAUUGUUCUGAUAUUUUUUAAUAGUGCACAGCAUUAUAUUAGACUAAAAAAGUUAUAUUAUAAUUAAUGUAAUUUUUAUCGAUAAGAGGAUUUAUAUCUUUCACGUUAAUGAAAUGUGUGGUUUAAGUUUGAAAGAACUUUUUCAGUCAUAAUAUUUCUUACUACUGAAAUUGCUUGGAAACGUGUCAUUUUUAAAAAUACUCUGAUAUUAUCUUGUAAUUCUAAUAUCUUUUCAGUAUGUUUCACAGGCUAUUGAGUUUUAAUUUCCAUCAACUAUUUCCAGUUUGUUCUGGUUAAAUAUUAAAUAAGUUAACUGUCGUAUUUCAUCUUACAGUUUGAUAUUGUAUGCACACUUAUGUUUGUAAAGCUGCUUUGUAAUUAUUACUCUUUUAAACUGAAAGAAGUGAUAUUUUUUUUUUUUUUUUUUUUUUUUUUUUUGGUGUGUGUGUGUGUGUGUGUGUGUAUGUUUUAGAUUUGUGUUUAGGGCAUUAUAUUAUAGCACUGUAGUAAUAAAGAACUGCAAUUGCAUAGAAUAAUUUUUAAAUGAACAAAGAGCUAGAAUAUCUUUGAAAUCUACUGCUUCCAAAAAGAUUCCGUCGUUCAAUGUUGCUUCCUUGAAAGUGCUCUAAAAAUUAAUAAAUUUUCAAUGUUCAAGUGCUGUUAUAAUUGAAAGAAUAUGCAUAUAUCUUUAAAAUAUAUAUGCAUAUUAUUCUAAAGAUGGAAAUAUCUUUAGAAUAAUAUGCACAUAGUGUUGGAAGUAUAAAGCAUUGAAUGUAUAAGCACCAAAAAUUAUUAGUGUGAAGUUUAAGAACUGCUUUUAUUGCCAUAAAUUUUUCUUGAGAUUAAUUAUAUAUUUUUUAUAUUAUUGUUACUAUUUUAUGUAUAUUUAAAUAACAUAUUAUCUAACAAUUUCUGUCUGAAUAACUUUGUAGCAUUUUAAUGCAUUUUUUUAUAUACGAGUCAAAGUAUUUUUUCUGCAUAAUGUAGAUAUUAUUUGUUCAAAACUUUUGUUAAAUCUAUAUAAAAUGAGCCAAUUUAUAUUUUCUGUAUAGAUUUUAAAUAAAAGUCAUUAACUUUUUUAA